CAGCUCACGCAGCGCAAACCUCCUCUGUGUCACUGACAGGGAAGUCUACAGCCUAAACCGAGACAACAAGCAGCGUUAACGGGAGAGGAUACUGUUGCACCGACGUUUGCCGGGAGUCGCUGCACACAGCCUCCUCUGCUCAUCCGUCACCUAGAGGGGAAGCUCCGUCCUCGGCCACAGGCUCCAGGAAACCAGCCCUCUUUCGGGCCACCAUGGAUGAGACAGAUGUGGAACAGGUGACCCUGGCGCUACUAGAUGCAGCCACUGAUAAAGACGCUGAGGUCCAGGAGCAGGUCAGGAAGUCUAUGUUGACUCUGGGAAAACAGCAGCCAGACCGAGUGUUAGCCAUGUGUCAGGACUACCUCCUGAAACAUCCUAAGUUGGUAGUCAGCCACAGGGUUGUGAUUCUUCAGACUAUAGAGCUAAUUGUUGGCAGCAGAAUAGAGGUGAUCAGUUACCCGAGGAUAAAGAGCAUCAUCUCUCUGGCCUCAGAUGAGAUGACACGAUCAAAGGAAGUUGUCCCUGAUUGGCAGCAGGCGGCCGGUAAUAUCUUGGUUGCUGUGGGUAACAAAUACAUCAAUGACAUCAUGGAGGAGAUACUGAGCAAGUUUCAGCCAGGGGUCCUACCUCACUUCUUUGUGGUCAAGACACUAGCCAACCUGUCUGAUUCCAAUGUUUAUGGCAUGGUUCCUUUCCUGAAUGCUAUUCUGGGCACAAUGUUGCCCAUGCUGAGCAUGGCCAAACAGGACAACAUGAAGUGGGUCUUCUCCUCUGCUCUGUGUCAUUUCAGUGACAGUAUCUUAGAGUACCUGGCCAACCUGGACAAGGCUCCAGAUCCUACAGUGAGGAAAGACACAUUCUCCAGUGAAAUCUAUUCUGCUUUUGACAUCCUCUUCAAUAACUGGUUACAAAGCAGGGAGUCUAAGUUGAGGCUAACAGUAGCUGAGGCAGUGGGCUCGAUGUGCCAUCUGAUGGCCAGUGAUAAACUCGAGGAGCAGAUUCCCAGACUCAUCCCUGCCAUCCUGUCGCUGUACAAGAAGAACAACGAGCACUAUAUUAUUAGCAAGAGUCUGUGCCAAGUGCUGGAUGCUUCUGUCAACAUGGGCAGCAGAGUGCUGGAGACACAACUGGAUAGUCUACUCUUUGCACUGCAUCAACAGGUUUCUGCCCCUGUAGAGUACAGUAACCCUCCUACUGUCAAGAACCACAAUGAGGUCCUUCGCUGCUUCAGCCUGUUAGCCAACUCUUUCCCAGACCGGCUAAUAAUGUUUGUCAUUCAGAAGUUGGAAAACAGCAAUGAGCGGAGCAGGAUGGGCUCCCUGGCUGUGCUACGUCACCUUAUCAACUCCACAAAUUCCACGAUGGAGAGCAAGAAACUGCUGAUUGUGGCCAGCAUCAGACAGCCAAUGGCUGACCACAGCAACAAGGUGAAGAAGCGUGUGAUCCAGGUGAUCAGUGCCAUGGCUCAUCAUGGCUAUCUGGAGUUAGAGGGAGGGGAGUUACUGGUUCGAUUCAUAGUUCAGCACUGUGCCUUACAUGAUACAUAUCAGCGAGGACAGAAGCCCACAGAUCCAGAGGAGGUGACCAACGAGGCACUGAGAGCGAUGUGUGACAACGCUCUUCAUCUCCUCACCACCACCGUCGGGCGACUAGCUGACGUCUUAUGGCCGAAGCUGCUGUACUAUCUGACCCCUCCACAGUACAGCAAUGCCACCACUCCCCUCUGUAAGAGUCUGAUAGUGCUCGGAAACAAAAAGAAAGAAAACAAAGAGCCAAGCUUCAACAUAGACUUUACACAGGAAGUCAAUCUGUCGUCUCCUCAAACACUAAUGAUCAGACUGCUGGUGAACGCAGCAUUCCCAUUCAAUAGCAGAGGUCAUGGAGCUCCAUCUCUGUCUCUCCUACAAAUCCUCAGUUUCAACAUUCACCCCAGUACAGAGAUACUCUGGGAGAAAGAGAUACCUCCUCUGCUGACAAUACUAGAGGAAUCAACAGCAGAGAGCCUCGAUAAGAAGCACUGGGAUGAAAAGCUGCUGAAGCUCUUGUCUAAAACUCUGGCUGCUGUUGAUGAUGACAAAUGGGUGUGUCAGUUGGCAGCUGAAUCAACAAAAUAUCUCUCAACAUAUAACAACGCUUUAGAGGAGAAGAGUUUCCUGUAUCGGUGUAUAGGUAUGACUCUCCAGCAGUGUUACAAUAAGGAAUUGGUUAAAAAACAGCUGCAGGAGAUCCUCCUCACAGCACGACAUAAUGACGCUGUUGAAAGAGAGGGAGUUGCAAUGGGCAUUGGACUGUGUGCCAACAGCCACUUAGAGGGAACUCUGGCCAAGCUGGAUGAGUUUGGCAAAUCUGAUGCUUUCAAGAAGUCACCAAGCAUCUUCAACCUGCUCAAAGAACGUAAUGAUGUUGAGGUUGAGAAGGUGAAAAGCACAUUAAUCCUGUGUUACGGUCAAGUGGCUCUGAAUGCACCUCCAGAGAAGAUCCUGACCCGCAUCGAUCAGGACAUCCUUCGCUGCAUUAGUAAACACUUCAAUACCAAGGUUCUGGGGAUUAAAGUAGAGACUAAGGACUUGACUAUGAAACUGAGUUUGAUUCAGAGUGUUGGGCUCAUUGCCAGAGCCAUCAGUGUAUGUGUGAAGAAACAAGGUUACAUCUUCUCUCGCAAACAGGAGCUCAUAACUGUCAUGCUGGAUUUUAUCAAGGCAGAGCCAGCUGAUGCACUGCGGACUCCAGUACGCCACCUUGUGAUGAGCACUUGUGCCAAUUUAAUGCCUCUGGACCCUGCACUGAGCGAGAAUGAGAGUUUUGACUUGCUGAAGGUGUGUGUGAACAGCGUUUUCUCUCUGCCACCUGAGACACACACUCCAGAGAAAACCAAAGAAGACGAAAUACUGGACCCAGAGCAGAGAAAGGCGUUGUACAAAGACACACUGGCUGCACUGCAGGAGCUGCUGAAGAGUGUACUGGCCCGGGAUCCCACACCUGAUGGCCUGCAAAGUGUCUUCAAGCACAUUGAGUCAUGGUUGAGUUCAGGACAGGACCAUGAGAGAGAGAGAGCUGUAACAGCCACUGCUCACAUACUGGCUUACUACCUGGAUAACCUGACUGUUAAGAACAUAGUGUCCUUCCACAACCUCGGAGCUCUGCUGGGUCGACUGGCUCCACGCUGUUCUGACCCUCAACCUGCUGUACGCACUGCUGCCAUCGACUGUAUAUAUGCUCUGCUUUAUAUACAGCUAAGAUAUGAAGGUUUCGCCUUAGAUUAUAAGGAUGAAGGCGUUGACAGUCUGUUGACCCUCAAAGACAGACUAGAAUAUCCUGACCACUCAGUUCUCUACAAGACCUGCUCUGACCUCACCAAGGUGAUGAGUAAGCGUCUGCCUCAGCAGCAGCUUACAACGUUGGUGUUCAUGUUGUUUGAAGGGCUGGUCGACAGUCAGUCAAACUGCUGCAGAGCUUCAUCUGUCAUCCUGAAUACUCUGCUCAAGAACAGAGGAGCUGGACUACAAGAGAUGGUCCCAGAGAUGCUAGAGGUCCUCCAUGUGCGUCUUCAGAACAUCACAGAGGAGCAGGUGAGAGUGGCAGUGGGACAGACGGUACUAAUCUUGGCCUCUCAGCAUCUACAGACUGUUAUUAAUACACUAGUAAACCAACCACUUCCAUAUGACAGCUGGACCAGUGAGAUGUGGAUGGCUUUGGGAGCAGACCCCAUUGUGGCCAAUCAGAUAAUAGAGAUGGUGAUGGAGAAACUUGUCAUCAUGGCACCCUACGUAGACAGGAAGGAUUCAAUGCUCAGAGGAGGGGCAACAAAGGUGGCCACUAAUCAGCCACUGGCUAUGACGUGUGGCCUCAAAGAGCUGUUAUUAAAUGGCCAAAGUCAGGAGCCGGCAGUCAGUGUGUUUCCUCAGCUCUUCUCCUGUCUCACUGUCAGACUGGGUGCCAGUGUUGGCGUCUCAGCACCAAAAGACAACACUAAACACACUUCCUCCGUUCAUGUAGCUGGGGUAGCAGCUGAUGCGCUGAGAAUCUUGUUGGCACGAGCCCAGUUAGAUGAGGUGACGAAAAGACUGGAUGAGGAUAACGCCUGGGAUUCAAUGAAGGAACCAAAUACACAUGUUACUGGAAUUACACUAUUAGCAAGGGCGAUGGCUAAACAUGCCGGUCCCAGGAUGCCUGCCAUUGUAGAGUGUCUGUGUCCAUCUUUAAACAACAUCUAUGAAUGUCAGAGAAUCACCGUCACUGCUUUCUUCUCUGAGCUCUUAAACCAUCAUGUGGUGACGGAGUUGAUGUUGAUCGACGUGUUAAUGAACAACAUGAUGGAGAGGAUAUCAGACCCUUGCUGCACUGUACGCAUGUUGGCUGUGCGGGGACUUGGCAACAUAGCUGUUGGAUCACCUGAGAAGGUGAAUAAAUAUGCCAAGGAGCUGCUGGCAGCCAUGAGUUCAGGCAUGGAGGAGAAAGACGACCCGGGUAAAUUGAUUACUCUUGAGGCCAUGUCAGGUCUGUCUAAAGUUCUCCUCCAUCUGGACAAGAAGAAUGUCCACUUACUGGUAGUUUAUAUCUUCAUGAAGAUUAAACCUUUCUUGGAGAGUGAGAAUGAUGAGAUCCGCUGUGCUUCCAUCCAUCUAAUGGGCAACCUGUCCAAGUUUGGUUCAGGAGAGCCCGUGUUCAAAGACCAGAUCCACAAUGUUCUGGUCAGCCUGCUGUUGCACCUGGUUGACCCAAACCCCCAGGUGGUGAAGGCGUGUAAGUACGCAAUGCGUGUGUGUGCUCCUGUGGUGGGAUCAGAGCAGAUCACGGCCAUGUUUCAGAACCACCUCCAUGAUGACAAGAGCUUGCACUACGGAGAGUUCAUCAAUGACCUCACCAAGUACCUGAUCCAGGACUUUCCAGGCAUGCUGAACUUCUACCACAUCUCAGUAAUCCAGUUCUUCAAGAGCAACUGGUCUGAGGUUAGAGCAGGAGCCGCCAUGUUUAUAGGGUUUCUGCUGGGGAAUCUUCCAGAGGAGCAUUUCUCCCACCUCAACAUGGGUACCAUCACUAAAGGUUUAGUGAUGCUGCUGCAAGAUCCAGAUCCUGUGGUGAGAGUGAAGGCUGCUGAGGCUAUGGGACAUUUCCAUUGACACAAACAAAGAUCCACAUCCACACACACGAGGGUUUUCUCUGAAUUGUGGUCUGAAAAGUGGUAUGUCGCCACUAAAAAAAACCAUGAAAGACAAGUUUAUAUUUUGGCAAAGAGUUAAAAACUUUCAGAGCUCAGUGUUGUAUAAUGCAGUCAUUAUUACAGUAUUCAAAUGACACAAAAACGCAACCUUUAUUAAAACAAAACGGGGACCAAAGUGUGGAACUGGAAGCCAAACUGUCACAUUUAUGUAACAAAAUCAUACAACUGAUAAAACACAUAUACUAUAUAUACGCAAAUGCACAUAUAUUUAGCCGUUAGCAGCAUUGUUAAGCUUCUUUUGACUAUGGUACUUGAAAGGAAGUGUUCAUUCUUAAAAAAUAAUUUAGUGACCAAAGACUGUGUUGCUUUAUACAGACUGAAGCUGUAUGUAGUGUUUAUCAUAGACACACUGUGUCUGAUUGGUUCUGUCAGUUCAAACAUACCACACAUGAAAGGUUAAAAACACACUUAAGUAAAUGAGUAUGUGUUUAGAAUAUAGUUUAUGUGCUAAUAAUAAUAGUGAUGCACAUUACCGACAGUAGCUAGUAGCUGAAGUGUGUGUGUGGUGUCAUACCAGCAUUUUGUGAAAAUGUUUGUGGAUGUUUUAGUUUCAGAAGAGCUCAAUUUUAGAGAUUGUCUGUGUUCUAAAGACCUCUCUGCCUAGUAUACAUCAGUCAGGACCGAGCUCAGUCAUCAUCCUUUAUGAGAAUCCAUCAAAACAUUUUUAGGUCAGUGUGACUACAAAUAAGAAAAAUGAAUGUAAAGUCUGUAAUAGAAUUAACUGCCAAAAUGCAUCAGAACUACAGAAGACUUAAAUUUGCUUUGUGGUUUUGUGGUUGUUGGUUAAAGUUGUAAUUAAAAGAAAACGGGAAGCUUUCAAUCUCAAAGUCGCGUACAGUAGUCCAGAUCAUCUCACCGGCUUUGUCAAAUCAGCCAGUAAUAACCAGCAAAUAACCAGUUAGCGAUACUUUCACAACCAAUCUCUAACAGCAGGAACAACGCUUAUUAUACCAGUCCUGCCCUUGAAGCUGGAGCUAACAUGAACUGGCUGAAUCAGAGCAGAAAGAAGAAAACUUUAACCAUCUACAGAAGGUCUUUAACAUAUCGGUGCCAAGCUCACCUCCAUUUCUAAACCAUAAUGAAGUUCUUUAUAAAUCAAUGUGGCCACUAUAACUGAAUGAUCACGAUGGUCCCAUUCUGGUGUAACAUGAUCAUCUCUUUAGUGCACCUCCCUCAGCUGCUUUGACCACUGUCAGUUUAGUUUGCUCACACUUUAUGAUUCAGUUUGACAUUAUGUGCCAAAGGGGUGUUCGGCCAUGCUCUGUAUGAACAUUAAUUGUCACAAGAACGUUUCCUGAUGUCCUGUGGCAGCCAUCUUUAUGUACCAUCUAAAUCACAUUUCAGAAUUGGUCAUUUUAAUGUGGACAUUCUUCCCUAUCUAUUCACAUUUUGAAUCGCUGUGAAACUCAUAAUUCUGAGAGUAGUGGACGUUUAUUUGUGGGGUUUUUGUUGUUGUUGUUGUUGUUUCGUUUGACAUCAGUUAAAGUAGGUUAAAACUCAACUGACUCUUGAUCAAAUCAGGAGUCUGAACCAGCCAGUUCCUGCCAGUCAAAACUUUACCGAUCAAUGUUGCUAGAUCAAACAAAGCAGUUGACCAGAUAAUAUAGUUAGUGCCAAAUAUUCAACCAUAACAUAUAUUAUAACAUUACUAUAGAGCUGCUUUUAAUAUUCUCCUCGCUCCCACUUAAUAAAUGCACUUAAUAUUGUUUCCAUUGAUUCUGUUGGUGGACUUUGUACAGAGAUGUUUCGGGUACAGCAGCUUUGGAGGUGUCUUACUUUCAUGUAAAUGUGUAUGCAUGUAUAGUUCUGUUUGGAUGACUGUACAUGUAACUUGACUUUUAUGUCCCAACAUUUAUUCACUCAAACACCAACAAUGAAUGAUAUAAAAUAAUCCGUUAGGUGUCUCCUCAGGAGCAUUUGAAUUAAUUUGGUGACAAAAAUCGAGAAUCGUAUGAAAGCAAUACAAUGUUUGUUCAAACGUUUAUGAUUAUGUGUAUGUUUACCUUCAAUAUUUCUAUUGCACUUUUAAGCUCUGCAAUGCAGUCCCUGCUUUAAGAGCUGAAAGAUAAACCAGGUGCUGAACCUGUGUCGCUCUUUUGCAUCCUCAUUUUAAUUUUCUUAAUGAGACACAAGUCACACACGUUUAUGUGUAUACCCUAAUGUAACGGAAAACAGCUCCUCACUGCAUUCAGUGAGUCACGUUAGCAUUAAGCAGUUCAUUCAAUCUUUGUUGCGAGAGCCAUUGGUUUUAUUUAACAAUGCUAACAGUCCUACAUAGUUAUCUCAGGUGUGACAGUAAGACAAAUCUUUCAUCACAAUAUAACAAGGUCUAGAUGGGAAGAAAAAGAAAUAGCAAAACAAACAUUUAUAGUGUAAUUAUCAAUUAAUUCGAUAUCAAAGGUUGCUCCCGGAUAUGUAUUUAUUUAGAUGUUCUACAAACAGGGACUCAUGGCUUCUGGCACUUUCUAACACUGUGGUUCAGGGUGAACUGUAAAUGUUAAUUAGCAAUGAUCUCUGUUCAUCUGUUGAAUUUCAAAAGCCGUUAUGAACUUUAUAAUGCUGAUAUGAUUUUUUUUUCAUGUCAUCCACCUGUUUUUUAACAUGUUGAAUGUUGUUACAUGUAUGUCGCAGUGUGUAUGACACUCUGAGGUACGGCUAGUUGAAACGGUUCGAUGUGUGAAUGUGUUAAAGACUGAAUGUGUGCAUGUCACUUUUCAUGUUGCUGGACCAGAAGACAGUGUGGAUGAUGAUGGCAAUCAGUGUAUUUAAAAUGAAGAAAUAAAGAGAUACAUGAAAACAGA